AAGCGAGCGCUAAAAGGUAGCCAUUAAUACUUAACCUUUCUAUCAAAACGCAUAUUGGUUCGCAGUUGUGGUGUUUGAUUUUAAACAACUUUGCACAAAGUUAGUUUUUAUAAAUAGAAAUAAAAAGAAUUUACAAUGAGUUACCAAGUAGAAGCAUUGAAUUCUGCACAUCUUGAAUUGCAAGGAAGUGGUAGUGGUGCUGAACUCCGACGACCAUUUGAUCCAACAGCUCAUGAUUUGGAACCCUCUUUUAGAUUGACUAGGUUCGCUGAUUUAAAGGGACGUGGUUGUAAAGUGCCACAAGAAGUUCUUGGUAAACUUGUUUCGGCAUUGCAGCAGGAUUAUUCUAAUGCCUCGGAUCAAGAUGCUCAAUUUAUGAAUAUGGCUAUUCCACGCAUUGGAAUCGGUUUGGAUUGCUCAGUUAUCCCCUUACGUCACGGCGGUCUCUGUUUAGUUCAAACAACAGAUUUCUUCUAUCCCAUUGUUGAUGAUCCUUAUAUGAUGGGAAAAAUAGCUUGUGCCAAUGUUUUAAGUGACUUGUAUGCAAUGGGUGUAACAGAUUGCGAUAACAUGUUGAUGCUGCUUGCUGUAAGCACAAAAAUGACCGAAAAAGAGCGUGAUGUUGUCGUUCCACUAAUAAUGCGCGGUUUUAAAGAUUCAGCCUUGGAAGCGGGAACCACUGUUACUGGUGGGCAAAGUGUAGUGAAUCCUUGGUGUACCAUUGGUGGAGUGGCUUCAACCAUAUGUCAACCUAAUGAGUAUAUAGUCCCGGAUAAUGCUGUUGUAGGUGAUGUGUUGGUGCUAACUAAACCGCUCGGAACUCAAGUAGCUGUGAACGCUCACCAGUGGUUAGAUCAACCAGAGCGGUGGAAUCGCAUUAAACUUGUAGUUUCCGAAGAGGAUGUCCGCAAAGCAUACCAUCGAGCAAUGAGUUCAAUGGCCCGUUUGAACCGAACAGCCGCACGCCUAAUGCACAAAUACAACGCCCAUGGAUCUACUGAUAUUACCGGAUUUGGAUUAUUAGGACACGCGCAAACUCUUGCUUCGCAUCAGAAAAAAGAUGUAUCAUUCGUUAUACAUAAUCUGCCUGUAAUUGCCAAGAUGGCUGCAGUUGCAAAAGCCUGUGGAAACAUGUUUCAAUUGUUACAAGGACAUUCAGCUGAAACAUCUGGGGGUCUUCUUAUCUGUUUACCAAGAGAACAAGCUGCUGCUUAUUGCAAAGAUAUAGAGAAGCAGGAGGGAUAUCAGGCUUGGAUAAUUGGUAUAGUUGAGAAGGGCAAUAAAACCGCUCGUAUUAUUGAUAAGCCCCGAGUUAUUGAAGUGCCAGCAAAAGAUUAAUUUUAUACAUUUCUAUUAAGAAUUUAUUAUAUCAAAAUUCAUUUUAUAGACAUUAAAUAUUUUGCAUACUUUGAAAUCUAUGAUUAUCGAUUUGGUUUUUACACAGCAUUAUAUUUAAAAAUAUAUUUAAUUACGUAAAUAUAAGUUUGCACUAUAUAUCUAAUGAUACCCUAAGGCUUACUAUGUAAUUGAUACUACAUUUUUUCAAGAAUAAAGAAAAUGUAUAAGAUUGAUGAUAUAAUUAA